AUGACCGCCCGGGCGCUGCUGCAGACAGCGCUGUUCCCGCUGGGGCUGCUCCUCCUGGCUCAAGGUGCCCAUGGUGGGGCCCCCAGGGAAGACUUCCGCUUCUGUGGCCAGCGGAACCAGACGCACAAGAGCAGCCUCCGUUAUAAUCAGACGGCAGAGCUGCACAUCUCCAUCCAGAACUCCCAGGAGGCCCUCACGGUCCACGCCCCCUUCCCUGGAGACUCCCAGGCUGCCCAAGAACUCCCCCAUCUCAGGGGCCUGUACCACUUCUGCCUUUUCUGGAACCGCCAUGCUGGGAAACUGCACCUGCAAUACGGCAGGAAGAACUUCUCGCUGAGUGACCAAGCGUCUGGCCUCCUGUGCUUCCAGCACCAGGAGGAGAGCCGGGCCCAGGGCCCCCCGCUGCUCGCCACCUCUGUCAGCUCCUGGUGGAGCCCCCGGAACACCAGCCUGCCCAGCGCCGCAGGCUUCACCUUCUCCUUCCACAGUAAGCCUCACUCUGCUGUCUCCCUGACCCUCCUUCCCCUCUCUCCCGCUGCCUCUUUCCUGUGUACCUGCCUCUCCUCUCCCUGUCUCCCUGCCGGCCCCCAUCUGCCUUCCUGCACUCACCCUCCCCCUCCCCCCGCCAGGCGGCUGCAGAGCCUGGAGUCGAAGCUGGCCUCUGUGAGCUUCGCCGGGGACACCGUGUCCUUCGAGGAGGAUCGGGUCAACGCCACAGUGUGGAAGCUCCAGCCCACGGCCGGCCUCCAGGACCUGCACAUCCACUCCCGGCAGGAGGAAGGACAGAGCGAGAUCCUGGAGUACUCGGUGCUGCUGCCCCGAGCUCUCUUCCAGAAGACCAAAGGCCGCAGAGGGGAGGCGGAAAAGAGGCUCCUCCUGGUGGAUUUCAGCAGUCAAGCCCUGUUUCAGGACAAGAACUCCAGCCAAGUCUUAGGUGAGAAGGUGUUGGGUAUCGUCGUGCAGAACACCAAAGUGGCCAACCUCUUGGAGCCCGUGGUGCUCACCUUCCAGCACCAGCCACAGCCGAAGAACGUGACUCUACAGUGUGUGUUCUGGGUUGAAGACGCGACAUUGAGCAGCCCGGGGAGCUGGAGCGAUGCCGGGUGUGAGACCGUCAGGAGAGAGACCCAGACAUCCUGCCUCUGCAACCACCUGACCUACUUUGCAGUGCUGAUGGUGGCCUCGGUGGAGGUGGACGCCGCACACAAGCACUACCUGACUGUCCUGUCCUACGUGGGCUGUGUCAUCUCCGCGCUGGCCUGCGUCCUCACCAUCGCCGCCUACCUCUGCUCCAGGAGGAAGCCCCGCGAUUACACCAUCAAGGUGCACAUGAACCUGCUGCUGGCCGUCUUCCUGCUGGACGUGAGCUUCCUGCUCAGCGAGCCGGUGGCCCUGGCGGGCUCUGAGGCCGGCUGCCGGGCCAGCGCCAUCUUCCUGCACUUUUCCCUGCUCUCCUGCCUCUCCUGGAUGGGCCUCGAGGGCUACAACCUCUACCGACUCGUGGUCGAGGUCUUCGGCACCUACGUCCCCGGCUACCUGCUCAAGCUGAGCGCCGUGGGCUGGGGCUUCCCCAUCUUCCUGGUGAUGUUGGUGGCACUGGUGGACAUGAACAACUAUGGCCCCAUCAUCCUGGCUGUGCACAGGACUCCAGAGAGCGUCAUCUACCCUUCCAUGUACCCUCCGCGGAAGGCCUCCCACGAUGCCUCGGUGGACAUGUGUGAGCUGAAGCGGGACCUCCAGCUGCUUAGCCAGUUCCUGAAGCAUCCCGGGAAGGGUGGACGGAGGCCCUCGUCCACCCCCACCAGCCAGUGGCUCUGGGAGGGUGAGGGAGGGUUGACAUGGGGCUGCCCACUGCCCGCUGAGCCGUGUGCCCGCUCACUGCCCGCAGGCUUCCUCAUCUUCCUCUGGUACUGGUCCAUGCGGCUGCAGGCCCGGGGCGGGCCCUCCCCUCUGAAGAGCAGCUCGGACAGUGCCAGGCUCCCCAUCAGCUCGGGCAGCACCUCGUCCAGCCGCAUCUAGGCCGCCAGCCGCUCGCCCCGCGGAGGAAGCAGAGGUGCGGCCUCCCCUCACCAUGCCUGCAGCCCCUGCAGCCAGGCCCGGCCCUUGAGGGGUCAGCUGAAGACUUGAGAAGGCCCGAGGACCUUGGAGGGAUGGGGCUGUUGCCAUGGCGGCCAGACACAGGGGACUACUCGGCUCUCGGGUCCAGCUCACAGGGAGUGGGACUGUGCCCCGGCCAUCCUAACCUGGGGCUGAAGGCUGGUCUUCUCGCCAUCGCUGGGCCCAGCCCUCACGGCUGGGGGUCAGGAGCCCGCAGGCCUCAGGGUCAGGCCUCAGACCUUGGGGGCCUGGUGGCAUCCUGUGCCAUAGCUGCUCUGUCUCUAGUAAUCACCAUGAGGACACUCUGCAGCCCCUGUCAUCUUAGCCCAAGGGUGGCACCAGGGAGAGGGUUGGGGCAGAGCAUUGGAGCCAGGCCCCUGGAGGAGGAGAGCCCCCUCCCAGAGCAUAGCUCCCCUACCUCUGAGCCCAGAGCCCGCCCUCCGUCAGC